AUGGCAACCCCACGAAUCUCGCCACUGCCGCAGGGUGCUUCGUAUGUGGAGCUUCACUGUCUCGACGGGGGAAGUUUUAUCGCUGACCGAGGAAUGGUUCACGCCGGAGGCUCCGGGAAGUUCAGAAUGUAUACCUGGGCAUUCUACGCCAAAGAUAAAGAGAGCGGACGUCACGUUUUGUGGGAUGUCGGGAUUGAUCAAGAUCAAACGAGCUACCCACUCGUGGUACAGAAGCUGCUGAAGAGUGUUGAUGCCGUCGGUCCCCGACAGUCUCUGGCCGAACAGCUGGAAAAGAGAGGCGUUGGCGCCCAUCAGAUCGACUCGGUUCUUUUCAGUCAUGCCCACUGGGACCAUUCAAGGCCGAUCGAUGCAGAAUUUCCCGCCGCUUGUGGCUACUUUGGCCCCGGCACCGCAGAGCACUGUGCCCCUGGCCAUCUGUCGUCCCCCGAGGCCAACGCAACGGUGCAAUGGGAUGGCCAUUUCUUCGACCCCGUCCGACGCACGCAGAGAUGGGAGGAGUUUCGCGGUCCGUGGGUGCGCUUCGGCCCCUUUGACCAGGCCAUGGACUUCUUUGGCAACGGCAGCUUGUGGAUCGUGCAGGCGCCGGGUCACAUGCCGGGCAAUCUGUGCGCGGUGGCCCACGUCGACGGCGACCAGUGGGUGCUGCUCGGAAGCGAUUGCUGCCACUCCAGACGGCUCUUGGAUGGGUUGGAGGAUUUCGGAUCGUGGCAUCUGCCCGACGGCUGCCGCGCUUCGCUGCAAGCCGACGAAGACGCCGCACGAGAUACUAUCCGGCGCAUCCGGAUCAUGGAAGCGGACCUGCACUGCCACGUUGCCCUCGCGCAUGACGAGGAGUGGAUGGUUCGAGGGACGGAUCCGACUUUGAUGUCGCUUAUAGACGACGAGAUGCGAGCGGCCGCGCGCGAGCUGAUCCCUUUGGGCAAACCACUCUAG